AUGAAGCACUCAAACUUGUGGAACACCACAAACAACUGCUCCAUCACCCAGUUCAAACAUACCAUCUAUCCAGCUACAUAUUUGUUCAUUUUUUUCCUCGGGCUUUUUGGCAACCUCAUAUCUCUAUACUUCUUCAUUAGAACAUGGAAAACAAAGGGGGCUUUCUCUCCAGUCAACAUCCUAAUGGUCAAUCUCCUUAUGUCAGACCUGAUGAUGGUGUGCUCGCUCCCGCUUCGAGCCGCGUACUACCUCAUGGAAUCCCAUUGGGCCUUUGGAGACGUCACCUGCCGGAUCAUGUCCUACGUGUUUUACAUCAACAUGUACGGCAGCAUUUAUUUCCUCAUGGUGCUGAGCAUAGUUCGCUUCGUGGGCAUUGUGAAGCCAUUCAUAUACAUACACUGGCAAAGCUCUCAGAGAGCCUGGAUAAUUUGCAUCAUCAUCUGGUUGAUCAUGUCCAUAGCCUCAAUUCCACUUUUGAGAGCAGGGACUUAUGAGGACCAGGAUGGACAUAUAAGAUGUUUGGAGCUGGACUCGUCCACGUUGAAGACCAUUAUUGUACUAAAUCGCAGUGUUUUGUUUGUAGGCUUCGUAAUGCCUUUCACGGUCAUUUCAGUUUGUUACAUUUUUGCUGCCUUGUAUUUGUUAAAGCUGAAGAAAGCUAGGAAGAGAUCUCAGUUAAAUCACAAGAAGUCUUGCUCUCUUGUGAUCAUCGUGCUUCUCAUUUUUCUCACGUGCUUCAUGCCGUAUCACGUGGUCCGAACUAUCUUCUUGGAGGCCGAGAUGGAUGUCCAAAAGAACGGUUAUGGAGAGUCCUGCUUUUACAUUCAACGCCUGAGAGAGGCUGCGGUCAUCACACAUUGUCUGGCUUCAGGAAACAGUUGCCUGGAUCCGCUGCUUUUCUUUUUCGGGGGUGAAAACUUUAUUAGCUUUUGGCGUGAGAAUACAUCAAGGCGGCAAAGCUCUACAAUAGACCAGAAUGUAAAAAUUAUGGUGAAGAGCCAGACAGUAUGAGUCGGUUAAGACUGGUUUAGUGUGUUUGGGACCUGUCGGGACUUGAGGGGAAAGAAGGUAGAUUCCCCAAAUUCCUAAAUGGCAGACAAUAUAUGCAAGAGUGAUAUCUUCCUAUGGGAAAGAAAAAUCUCAAUCUCUUAUAAGUGGCACAGUGAGAUUAUCUGUUUGUCCUACCAAUGGAAGAUGGAGGGAGCGAUGAAACUUUAUGUCUUUUUGUUUAUGGCAUGUUUAAGACAAGGCAGGCAAGAAAGCAGAUCCAAAUGCAACUUUAUUUAUUAAAAUAAACGGUAAUCCAGGCCAAACAGGUAUGUGAAGAGAUAAACACAGACACAUAACCCAACACAUAGACAUAAGCAACGACUGACAAAAGACAAAGGCAACACUAGGGCUAUAGGAUAUAUUCAAAGAAUAACAAGGAAAUGAGAAACACCUGGGAAAUAAUCACACAAGGCCCAACAAAACAUAAGAACUACAAGGAACUACAAAUAUGGCAGACAGAAACAUAACUUCAAAAUAAAAGUACAGGACCGGAAACACAAAACAGGAACUUUUUUGAAAAUAGGCUUAUUUUCCAGGUCCCCUAGAGUUAAACAUUUGAUUUGUACCUUUUUGAAAUUGAUUCAGCUGAUCCCCGGGUCUGUCGGUACCACUUUUAGCAUAGUUUAGCACAGUGGUUCCCAAACUUUUUCAGCGUGCGGCCCCCCUUGCGUACGGUGCAUUCCUUUGUGGCCCCCCAAAGAAAAUUUGUGACAAAAAACUGUUCAAAAACUCAACAUUUUAAUUAAUAAAAAAUAAAUUAAAUUAUCCAAAAAAGUAGUGCUUUUGGUUAGUAGCCUUAUUUUUUAGGUUUAAUUACACAGAAUUCAUGAUAAAUUAAUGUAUUUAAAAUGUCAUAAAACUGGGGCCCCCCUGGCACAAUCUCGCGGCCCUCCUGGGGGCCCCGGCCCCCAGUUUGAAAACCACUGGUUUAGCAUAAUCCAUUGAAUAUGAUUAGACCUUUAGCAUUGCGCUAACCAAAGAGUUUCUGUGUUUUUCCUAUUGAAAACUUGACUCUGUAGUUACACCGUGUACUAAGACCGACAGAAAAUUUAAGGUUGUCAUUUUCUAGCCAGAUAUGGAACUAUACUCUCAUUCUGGCGUAAUAAUCAAGGACUUUGCUGCCGUAACAUGGCUGCAGGAGGUGCAAUGAUAUUACGCAGCGCCCGAAAAUAGUCCCUUAUCUUUCAAUGGCAGGGGACUAUUUCCGGGCACUAAAACUAAAAGUCCAAAGACACAGAAACAGGGCAGUGACAGAUUAUAAACAAUUAUUAUUUUUGAAAUGUUGAGUGAUGCUGCUAAUGGCGCAAGAGUUUCACCUUUAUUAUGUUGUUUCUUGUAGACACAAAUGAGGUAAAAUGUAAAGACUCUGAUUGAACUCUCACUUUCUGAGUUUCGGAAGAGAUCUACCAUGUCUGACACUUUGCUCAUGCACUUUCUUAAACAUAAGGUCUGUGAUUUCAAAAUAAACUGAAACAUCUCUAACAUAAGACCAAAUGAUCUGAGCGCGUUACAAAUUUAUUUUAUAGCUCUAUAUUAUUAUAUUAUUUUAAAGCUUUAUAUUUCUCUUAAAGAAUGCAUGUAGUUUUUAAUUUUUGUAAAUAUCAGCAUAUUGCACACAGAGUUUCCAGUUAUCCAGUUGUGUUUUUUAUGUAACUGUAAAUUAAAAUUGUCUAUAUAUAGUUUUGUAUAAAACAAUUCCAGUACUUGAUUUUGAUUGGUCAGUAGCAGUGGUUUAUUUACCAUAAAACACACCUAUGAUCGCUACACCCAACAAUUCUAUGUACCACGUAGCGCCCUUAUUAGUAACCACCCUUAUCAACGUAAACAUAUUAUGUGAAAUAUUGCUUUUCACAGUCAGUCAGGGACCAUUUUAACAGCGAAAGAAAGAUUUUAGUUAAUUCAUGCAAGUUGGGUUAUAAAAAUAUAUAUUUUUUUGCUUUAAUUUUUUGUGUGGUGGUAGUGCUGCAUUGUGAAUAAGUUAUGACUGAAGAGAAAAUGUACAGCAUGUUUUGAAUAAAUCACUUUAUCAAUUGUAUUUAAAAGUAAAAGUAUUGUAGCAUCUCACAAAUAUCUGUCUUUGACUUGGUAAAUGAUUCUAUUUGUGUUGCAAAGCAUUAGGGGGAUAUGUUUUUCUGAAUGUAGGGCUUUCAGCAGGCAUUUGUGUUGGUCAUUUGUAUAUUUUUUUAUAUUUUGUAAACUUCCGAAUAAAGUUUUAUUAUAAUCGGAAUAGGUAAAGAUAGACGAGAAGAAUACUAAUACAUAUAUCAAUUUAUGUUUCUCCCAAUU